CCAGGCGCAUGGCACCCGCCGCCCAGCCGCCGCGGUGGCUGCCGGGAUGCGCUGCAGCGAAUGGUCGCGCCGGGCGCCGCUUGGAGUGACCUUUCACCCGCGCCCAGCGGUCCCGGGCGGCGGCACAAGGCGGAAGCCAUGGCGGAGGCGGCGGCUGCAGCGGGCGGGACAGGCGCGGGCGCGAGCUCCGGUUCUGGAACGGUUCGAGAUCGCGACCCGGAUCGCGCCGGGCGACGGCUGCGGGUUCUCUCGGGGCAUCUGCUGGGUCGGCCGCAGGAGACUCUGAGUACCCAUGAGUGCAGAGCGCGGAGAGCCGCGACUACGGCCACGGCCACGACCACGGCGGCGCCCACGACCACUCCCGCCGUGCAGGAGUCAGGCACCAUUCCCAAGAAGCGGCAAGAAGUCAUGAAAUGGAAUGGAUGGGGAUACAAUGAUUCCAAGUUCUUCUUCAAUAAGAAGGGCCAAGCUGAAUUGACUGGGAAAAGGUAUCCUCUUAGUGGCAUGGUUUUACCAACUUUUAAAGAAUGGAUCCAAAACACCCUUGGAGUAAGUCUGGAGCAUAAAACUACCUCUAAAGCAUCUUUAAAUCCUAGUGAUACACCUCCUUCUAUUGUAAAUGAAGACUUUCUUCGUGAACUUAAAGAAACUAAUAUUUCAUAUUCACAAGAAGCAGAAGAUCGGGUAUUUAGAGCUCAUGGUCAUUGUCUUCAUGAGAUAUUUUUGCUCAGGGAAGGAAUGUUUCAGCGAAUUCCUGAUAUAGUUUUAUGGCCAACAUGUCAUGAUGAUGUAGUUAAGAUUGUGAAUCUAGCGUGCAAAUAUAACCUUUGUAUCAUACCAAUUGGUGGAGGAACAAGUGUUUCGUAUGGCUUAAUGUGUCCUGCUGAUGAGACAAGAACGAUUAUUUCUUUGGACACUUCACAAAUGAAUCGAAUCCUCUGGGUUGAUGAGAACAAUCUGACAGCUCAUGUAGAGGCUGGUAUUACAGGACAAGAGUUGGAAAGACAGCUUAAGGAAAGUGGUUAUUGUACAGGUCAUGAACCAGACUCCUUGGAAUUCAGCACUGUGGGAGGAUGGAUUUCAACUCGGGCUUCUGGCAUGAAGAAGAAUAUAUAUGGCAAUAUUGAGGACCUGGUGGUUCAUAUAAAAAUGGUAACACCUAGAGGUACAAUAGAAAAAAGCUGUCAAGGACCUCGUAUGUCAACAGGCCCUGACAUCCAUCACUUCAUCAUGGGAUCUGAAGGAACUCUUGGUGUAAUAACAGAAGCCACAAUAAAAAUCAGACCAGUUCCGGAAUACCAAAAGUAUGGUUCAGUAGCUUUCCCUAAUUUUGAACAAGGAGUGGCCUGUUUAAGAGAAAUUGCAAAACAGAGAUGUGCUCCUGCAUCCAUUCGCCUCAUGGACAACCAGCAAUUUCAGUUUGGUCAUGCUCUUAAACCUCAGGUUUCCUCUAUUUUUACAUCAUUUUUGGAUGGAUUAAAAAAGUUUUAUAUCACAAAGUUUAAAGGAUUUGAUCCGAAUCAGCUAAGUAUAGCUACAUUGCUGUUUGAGGGGGACCGUGAGAAAGUUCUUCAACAUGAAAAACAAGUUUAUGACAUUGCUGCAAAAUUUGGUGGGUUGGCUGCUGGAGAAGAUAAUGGUCAGAGAGGUUAUUUACUUACAUAUGUCAUUGCAUACAUUCGAGACUUGGGCUUGGAAUACUAUGUAUUAGGAGAAUCUUUUGAAACUUCUGCUCCUUGGGACAGGGUUGUAGAUCUUUGCAGAAAUGUAAAAGAAAGAAUAAGAAGGGAGUGCAAAGAGAGGGGUGUUCAGUUUGCUCCUCUUUCCACAUGCAGGGUGACUCAGACUUACGACGCAGGUGCAUGCAUCUACUUCUAUUUUGCCUUUAACUACAGGGGAAUUAGUGACCCACUAGCCGUGUUUGAACAGACUGAGGCAGCUGCUAGAGAUGAAAUCCUUGCUAAUGGAGGGAGCCUGUCGCAUCAUCAUGGAGUGGGCAAGUUACGGAAGCAGUGGCUAAAGGAAAGCAUCUCUGACGUCGGCUUUGGGAUGCUGAAGUCUGUCAAGGAGUACGUGGACCCCAAUAACAUCUUUGGAAACAGAAACCUUUUAUAAAAUCAUUAGAAUCAUUAUAAAAAUGUCAUUUUUUUUUUAAGUCUUCAACUAUGGUUAUACCAGUAAUCAAAUAUAUCAUGGACUAUAUUUUGGCUACAUUCGUUUGUUGGUUUAAAAUAAGUUUGUUUUCAUUCUGUAGUUUGUUUUGUUUCCACAUCUGCGGAUUGACAGGUGGUAUUCCUAAGUCUCUCAUUGUAGGUGCAUCAGUUUACAGCCAACUGGUUGUCAUUUCAAACAUUAAGCAGCUCAACGCUGCCAGUGAUUUCAGAGAAAGUUGCUACCAGCUCUUUUGUAUUGAAGCUUCUUCUUGGGGAACAAAGGCAGAUUUUUAUAUCAUCUGUUGCUUAUCUGGCCUCUUAGAAAAACGUUUCUAGAAGCAGGUACAUAAGGAAGGAUUCCACUGAGGAAUGUUAUGUGUGUAACUCUGUGUGUGUGUGUGUGUGUGUGUGUGUGUGUGUGUGUGUGUGUGUGUGUGCGCGCGCGUGCAUGCACAAAUUGUCGUGUGAGUACAGUUCAGGGAGGAUGUUGAUGAAAAAACAUAGGCAACCUAUUGUUUAGGACUCAAUUAGUUCUGUAAGGUGCUUGGCCUACAGUUUUCUUUGAAAUAGUAUACACUUAUAAAUCAACAGUGUACUAAUUACUCUGUUCUCCUAAGUUCUGUUGCUACUGAUGGGAAUGGCUGUAUUUGUAUCACUGAGAUAACCCAGGAUCAUAUCCUACUUCACUCAUGCUGUAUUUCGUGAGAGAAGCUGACUUACCAUCAUUGUCUGUGAAGGGCAGGUUUACCAUGAAGUGAAUGCCCCCAGUUAAGCUAGCAUCUUCAUGUUCCUGAUUUUCCUUUCUUGUUGCUGAACUGCAAAAGCAGCUAUCACAGGAGCACAAGGAAGAGCCCUUACACUUAACGUCUCCAGCUGAAAAAAUUGUUUGGCUAAAGAACAGUUGUUGUUCAGUUAUUAAUUUUGAAAGCCUAGACAAUUUCAAUAACAAAAAUCUUUUUUUCAAUUAAUCCAAACAGCAUGAUACAUUUUAACAUAAAAGUUUCAAUUUAGUUUUUAAUAAUGAUUGAAUACCUUUUUUGAAUUACUGGUUUAACCUAAACUUUAAAAAAAUGUAAUGUAUUAAUGCAUAUACCAUAAUCAAAAGUUUGAAAUAUCCUGUUUCUUAAAAUAAGAACAUUAAUCACAUUUAGCAAACAUUUUUACAUCCAAACCUGGAUAUUAAAAUAAGUCAAAUGAUUACUUUGAAUCACUGUCUGUCAGAGUUCAUGAUUCACAUUUUGAGAUGGGUUCUUUUCUUAAUGCAAUACCUAACUUUUGAUAAUUUUUUAAAAUUAAUAUUUGAUCAGUCAAAAUGCAGACAAGCCUUUUAAAGGAUGCAACGUCUGUCUAUGUAGCAACAGCUCCAAAGUCUUUUUGGGCCGUUUGAUACCUUUUGUAUUUAAAGUAGCCUUAACCAGAAAAGUAAAAAUUUAAAAUUGACCAAGCGAUAUUUUUAAGACUUCAAAAGGAUAAUUUUUAAUCAUUAAAAUUGGCCUCAAGCUAAUAAACUUAAAUCUGUGAGCAAAUCAAAAUUAAAUAUUAAUCUAGCAACAAAAACUAAAUAUUUUAUUUUUUAGAUGCUGCCUCUCUUCAUUGAUGAUUUAUUUUUAAUUAUAAAAUGUCCAGCAAAUCUUUGCUUAAAGCCCUUGAUAUUUGAAAUCAUUUGACACUUGAUGAGGAAAUUGCCUAUAGAAUUCUAGAAUUCUCAUCUUUCUAAAUUCAUCUAUUUAUGAAGGUAUUUUCUCUAAAUGGUGAUCAAAAUGUAAAAUGUCACAAGGUACUAAUAUCUCACUGAAAGUGUGUACGUGUUUUUGAGUAGCUUUUUUUUUUAAUAAAACAAAUUCAUAAGCAGAUCCAUCCUUUGCAUGUGAUUGUUCCAUUCUUUCCCAGGGAGUUCAGAUUUCAAUGACCUCAGCAAUCUGUUUUUAAUAUCAGGAAGCUGAAAUCCUUGUGUUCACUGUUGUUCAGGAAUUAUGGAAAUUGCUUAUUUUCCGUAAUUUCCUUGUGGAAAUUACUGCUUUAGGUCUAUUUUUUUCCCCAUGUAAGCAGGACUCACCAACUUGGAUUUUAUAGAGGUGACUACAUUUUAUAGUUAAAAUCAUUUCUACAGGGAUCACUUUGAAACACAAGAACAUUCAUCUGUACUGUUUUCACUCUGAUUUAGUAAAUCAGAAAGCCUUUCCCACUUUCACACACCUACUUCUAGGAGGUGCCUCGGUAUAGACUUAUUGUCUGUGGAGGACUGAGCUCAUGAAUAUGCACAGAAGCACUUAAACCACGCCUCUGACUUCUAAAGCAUGUGAUAAUGGCUUCAGAAAAAUUAAAACCAAGAGAACGCUGUUUAUGUGAGGCUUCUUAACUCACAUUGAAUGUGUUUAUUUAAAAUUUUUAAAGUUGUAGCCUAUUUAGUUUUGAGUGUUGUAUAACACUGACUUUCUUAAAUUGUCAUAUUUAUAAUAUUUUACUUAAAUUGAUGAUGUCACAUUUGGGUUGGGGUUUCCCUGGGAACGGGGACUUGCUGCUAGUGAUAAAUGAUUUUGAAUACUAAAGACAAUAUGAACAGGCUUUAUUGACCCCUAGAGAAACUGUUGCCUUAAUGUUUGGUGCAAUUUAUAGUAAGUAGUACGUAAGUGAAUUUUUACUAACUUGGGCAAAGUAACUUGAGCUUUUUUAGUUUAGUAAGAAAGAGUUAUGAGAAGCCACAUGGUUAUUGUGCUCAGGAUUGUACCACAAGCAAAGAGGAUUAAAUUCUUUCCUCUUCUGAGGAUUUGGGAGCUUUUUUUUUUUUUUUUCCUUCUGAAAGUGUUUACCUAUUAGAGUACUGUUACUUAAACAUGGUUAUGAAAUUGGAAGCCUUCUAGCGUGCAUAAGUUAAUACAUUUGGGAAAACAAGCACAGUAAAGGAUGAGCUUCCAUCAGUGUAUUAUACCAGACAGAUGGUUGCAAGGACACCUUUUUAUUGUCCCACAAUACUGUACAAAUAAUUGCUAAAUCCUUGGUAGCAAUUUUGAAAAUGCCUUUCAGCAUGUCAGCCCCAAGAGAUUUUCUGUUACUGUAUUCUUUCACAGCUUCUUAAUCAUGGUUGAUCAGAGAAGCUCUGUGAUCCUUUGGCCUUUCAGAUGAUGCUGGUUUUGAUUGAGCUUACUAACCGUGGGUUGAUUCACAAACUCCAUGUGCUGGAGUUUGAGGCAGUCACAUGGGAUAUUGCGAGAGGCAUAUCUGUAUUUUAAAAACCACUGAGAUAGGAAAUAAGGACAGGUUUGAUUACUUUUGGUUUACCAUCUAAUCUUUAGCAGCUUUGGUUGUAAUCAGGGCUUGACAAUUACCAGUUGUGGAUUAGACUCUGUACUGUUCCUCCUUCAGCUUCAUGAGCUAUGGAAGUGUGGCUUUGCUCAAGGCUUCUUAAUCCCUAAUGAGCCAUAUGUCAAUCUAGUCAUUCAGUUCUCACUAACUUGUUUCCUAAAGUGGAAACAAUUUACACAUUCAUGUUGAAAUCCAGAAAGUGUAAAAGGUUUACUUUUAAUGUUGAAAUAUGGUGUCUGAUAUGAAGGAUGUAAGUUUACCCAGCUUUCUGUUCCCUAAGCCAAACAGUGUUUGUCUUCAGUGUGAACUUUAACUGUACAAAUUACUUGUAAUGUCAAGAGAUUAUAGAAACAUUCUUAAUAAAAUGGACCUGGGUCUAAAAAUUCUUUUUCCUUUAAAGGGAGUGUGAAGCGGUUUAUUAUUCUCUUUGUAUAUGGGCUUUUCUUUCAACUUCAGUUUUUCAUCUUCCUGUUUCCAUUGAUUUGAAAGUAGAAAAUUAUUUUUAUAAUUUUAUUGAUGUAGUGUAAACAAAUACAACUUAUAAAUCCCUUUGAUUCUGUCAACUGAAAAUAUUGUUCACCAGGUUUUAUCAGUUUCUAAAUAUUUUUAAAGUCAAUAUUAUAUUCCCAGGAGCUGUUUAGUCUUCUAUGAAUCUGAAGCAUUUCCUUUUAAACCUUGGAAGAUCCUGAAAGAACAGCACUAUUGUGCCCUUCGAACCACAGCAACUCAUUUCUGAAACAAGAGUAAGAACCCCUGAUAUACAGAACAUUCAAACCAAAGAAUUGUCACAGACUUCAGUAACUUCACUUCUGUCAACAUGAAAAAUGUUUUUCCGUUUCCAAGGGAGAUUGUUUUAUAUUUUUUUUUCAUUUGAAGAAAAAUAAUAUAUCAUUAAGAACAUUUCAGGAACCCUGAAUUUUCAAUCUGAAAGGGAAGGAAAAAGAGUUUGUUUACACAUACCAUGUUUUUAAGGCAUCAUAGUGUUUUUCAUGAAUAUCACACGUGUCGCAUGAAACAUGUUUUUAAUUCUUAAAAGAAUCUGACAUAUCCCAAAAGGAUAUAAUACUUAUACUGCUUUACAGUUUCCAUAGUUGGUUAAUUUUUGAGCAAACUUUAACAAUAUCUCCAUGCCCCCCCCCCCCCCAAAAAAAAGAACUCACAGUGCCUUGAUGGGAUUUUCUUGCUUUCUUCCAUGAAUUAGCAAUUUUAAAUGGGUAGCGGAGGAUAAGUCUCUACAGACAGUUAUCAGUUCAUGGCUAUUCCUCUUUUAGAACAUAUUAGGAAUUAAGUAGUUGUUUGCAGAAACGAUGAUAAGCCUUUCCACAAUGUUGAUUUGGAUCCUCUUCUAACGUAUCCAACUCCUUGUGUCGUUGACUUGCACCUGUGGAAUUUGUACCUGUUUGCAUUCCUGCAUUUUCAUUUCCUACCCAGCCUCAUGGUCCUGAGGUGUGGCCGGGUGGAUGUGGCACACUCACCAAGCACUGAGACGUUGUCCCCCUGCUUCUGGAGAUGGGCUCCCGCUGCCCCCACCCCAUGGAGCACAGCCUGGAAGCAGAGGUUCCAAUCCUUAUCUUGUGUGUCAGUCCUUUUUUGUGUGUGAUGGUGCCUUCAGAAUAAUGAAUAUUUCUGUUCCUGGAUAGUGAUCAAUAGUAGGAGAUAUUUGUGUAGGUGAUACUAACUUUUGUCCUUUUAAGCCUGUGAAAUACUUGGUCUCUGAUACAACUUGAGUAAUGUCUUAUCCUGAGUCUUCCUCUAAGGCAGUACAUACCCCUGCCAGUACUGUAGUAAUCUUUUGGGAACUGCACAUGGGUAAGCUCUUGUAUGUAAGCCAUGUACUGCUGUAACUGAUGCAUACAAACAAUUCUCUUUACAUUUACAGGCUAAAAGUGACAUGUGGUAGGAAGGAAAAUUCCUCAGAGAUUCAAGCAUAGCUUUGUCAAUUAAGACUGAGCCAUACUGUUUUCCACAAGGGCUCAACAUAGUCUCUAUUCUGUGCUUUCUGUGUAUGUAGGAUUCUGAUUUUACUGGUUUUCGUAGACUGUUGUCUAUUAAGCAAAUGCCCAUGUGUGAUUUUUAAGA